UAGCGUCAACGCUCGCGCAUGCGCACUAAGGGUGGCCUGGUCGUCGCGGCGGCAGCUGGGGAAACCGGUGGUGGCGCGAGGGCCAAUUCAGCCCGGCCUUUGCCUUCUGGCCUCGGUUCUCCUCAGUCCGGUGUCCUCCAGCCCUGCCCCAGCCUACCUGAGUCCUCAUAGCUCGGCCUCGGCCGCCCACCCCUGCCGCAAUGAUGAUGAUGGCAUUGAGCAAGACCUUCGGGCAGAAGCCCGUCAAGUUCCAGCUGGAGGACGACGGCGAAUUCUACAUGAUCGGCUCGGAGGUGGGAAACUACCUCCGUAUGUUCCGAGGUUCUCUGUACAAGAGAUACCCCUCACUCUGGAGGCGACUAGCCACUGUGGAAGAGAGGAAGAAAAUAGUUGCAUCGUCACAUGGUAAAAAAACAAAACCUAACACUAAGGAUCAUGGAUAUACCACCCUUGCCACCAGUGUGACUCUGUUAAAAGCUUCUGAGGUGGAAGAGAUUCUUGACGGCAAUGAUGAGAAGUAUAAGGCUGUGUCCAUCAGCACGGAACCCCCCACCUACCUCAGGGAACAGAAGGCCAAGAGGAACAGCCAGUGGGUCCCCACCCUGCCCAACAGCUCCCAUCAUCUGGAUGCUGUGCCAUGUUCCACCACCAUCAAUAGGAACCGCAUGGGCCGGGACAAGAAGAGAACCUUCCCUCUGUGCUUUGAUGACCAUGACCCAGCUGUGAUUCAUGAGAAUGCAUCUCAGCCUGAGGUGCUAGUGCCCAUCCGGCUGGACAUGGAGAUCGAUGGGCAGAAGCUGCGGGAUGCCUUUACCUGGAACAUGAAUGAGAAGCUGAUGACCCCUGAGAUGUUUUCAGAAAUCCUCUGUGAUGACUUGGAUUUGAACCCACUGACAUUUGUACCAGCCAUUGCCUCUGCCAUUAGACAGCAGAUUGAGUCCUACCCCACAGACAGCAUCCUGGAGGACCAGUCUGACCAGCGUGUUAUCAUCAAGUUGAACAUCCACGUGGGAAACAUCUCCCUGGUGGACCAGUUUGAGUGGGACAUGUCGGAGAAGGAGAACUCACCAGAGAAGUUUGCCCUGAAGCUGUGCUCAGAGCUGGGGCUGGGCGGGGAGUUUGUCACCACCAUCGCUUACAGUAUCCGGGGACAACUGAGCUGGCACCAGAAGACCUACGCCUUCAGUGAGAACCCCUUGCCCACGGUGGAGAUUGCCAUCCGGAACACAGGCGAUGCUGACCAGUGGUGCCCACUGCUGGAGACUCUGACUGAUGCUGAGAUGGAGAAGAAGAUCCGAGACCAGGACAGAAAUACAAGGCGGAUGAGGCGUCUUGCCAACACUGCCCCAGCCUGGUGACCAGCCCACCAGUGCUCAGCUCUCAUGGAGCAUCUUGGAAGAUUGGAGGACCCCUCUCCUUCCUCUUCUGGCAAGGAAAGAGGCAAGGGGACAGCUUAGUGCCAUUCUGAGGAAUGGGGGAGGGGUGGAGAGUACUGGGGACCUCCAGGUCACCCCCCCAACAUACAUUCCAUUUGCUGAGCCCCAAUCCUGUCCCCUCCUCUUAGCACCCUCCCCCGGUGUCUGGGGUCAGGAAAAAGCCUCAUUUUGGGUUGUGUUUUGUUUUUGUAUAGAAGCCCCAGGCAGGGCUAGAUAUACUUUUUAAAUAAAAGGCAACAGGUCAUGCUCA